AUGUCCACCCCAAAGCCUGCCGCCCCAGCAAAACCUCUCAAAGAUCAGCUCAUUGAGCUAGUGCAGACCGCCCAAUUCGCCUGGUUUGCCGGCCACGUCGCCACACUUUUCUACUCUCUGGUCUACUUUAUUUCUUACAGAUCGAAGGGCUUUUUCCACAAACUAAGCUACAGUCUAAUUUACCUGUCUGUGAUUGAGUCGUUUGGAAUCAUUAUCCACCAGUCCUGGAAGGCAGGCGGCCUGAAACUGAACAACCCCAAGGCGGUUCUUGCAGACGAUAACGUCCAAUAUAUCCUGAUUGCGUUGGCUCUGCUCCUGGUUUUGCCUGUCAUUUCGCUGUCAAUCUUCCCCUUUGUGUUUUUCUCGUUCUUCCACUGUAUCACAUACUUCCGGGGAGCAAUUCUGCCAAAACUGGGACUCAAAAACCAGGAGGUUCUCGCCAGCAAGCUAGGUUCCUUCGUUGCCAACUACAACGACCUGUCUAUGUAUUACGCCGCCAAUUUUGAGAUUGCCACUCUUGCUUACAUUGUUGUCAGGGCACUGCUGUGGUCCAAAAGGUUCUGGAUUGCUCUGGUUGUCUACGGAGCGUUCAUCAAAUUCAGAUACGAGAAAUCGAUUUCCACUAAAUCGUGUUUCAAGAAGCUCGAGGUGAGAAUUGACGGUCUCCUAUCCCAUCCUUCUGUGUCUCCUCAGAUAAAGCAGUAUUGGAUCAACAUCAAGUCGGCUCUCAAGAAGUACGGAAACCAGUUCAAGCUCGUGCAGGAACCUGGCAAGACCGAGUGA